ACCAGCAGAUGACCAAAAGAGGCCUGGAGCAUCUCUUUGCUGCCUAUGGCUGACCACAGGUAAUUGAGAGUGAUCAGGGCAUCUAUUUUACUGGACAUACAGUGCAGGAAUGGGUGUGACAGCUGGGAAUCAAAUGGAAGUUUCAUGUGCCAUACAAUCCUACCACAGCAGGCAUGAUAGGCACAAUGGCUUGUUAAAAUCUGGAUGAAAGUCAGAUACCGAUAGUCUGUGGGGAUGGUCAGUCCACUUAUGGACCGUGCUAUGGUGUUUGAAUGAGAGACCCCCAAAGGGAGCCCUGAGCCCAGUAGACAUGUUAACACAUAUGGCUGCCUCCCCUAUACUGCAAGUACAAACCAAGGAAGAAUCACUGAGGCUGAGGUUCAGCCACCAGAAUAACAUCUUGCUGCCAGCACCAACUGCACUGAACCCUGGAGACUCCAUUGAGUGGAUGUGGCCUUGGACUUUUCGACACAUUGACCAACAAUGGCUGGCUCUCCUGGCACCUUGGGGACAAGACCUGGAAGCUGGCCUCCUGUGUAUUCCUGGAAUAACAACAGAGUGGCUGCCAAAGAUCACAGUAGUAUAUCCUGAAUGGCCAGAAGCCCAGCAACAUGUCCUCACAUACAUGGAGGAUGCAGUGUGCCAACUUCUAGAGAACAAGGAAGAUAUUAGCCAGCAUGGCAUUGCCAGGUUCUUUACUGAAUAUUUCAACAGUGUAUGUCAGGGAACUCAUGUUCUCUUUCGGGAAUUCAACUUCAUCCAAGCUACUCCUCACAACAGGGCAUCAUUCUUAAAGGCCUUCUGGAGAUGCUUCCGAACUGUGGGCAAAAAUGGUGAUUUGCUGACCAUGAGAGAAUAUCACUGUUUGCUGCAAUUGCUGUGCCCAGAUUUCCCACUGGAGCUCACUCAGAAAGCAGCCAGGAUUGUGCUCAUGGAUGAUGCCAUGGACUGCUUGAUGUCUUUUUCAGAUUUCCUUUUUGCAUUCCAGAUCCAGUUUUACUACUCAGAAUUCCUGGAGAGUGUGGCUGCCAUCUAUCAGGACCUGCUGUCAGGCAAGAGCCCCAAUACAGUGAUUGUGCCAACGUCAUCCAGUGGGCAACACCGCCAGCGGCCUCCCUUGGGUGAGGCUAGCAUGCUGGAGGGAGUGGAGGCAUCACUAUUCUUACAGUGCCUGGAGAACUUGUGUGACCGGCACAAGUACAGCUGUCCACCCUUAGCACUUGUCAAAGAAGUACUGAGCAACGUUCAGAGACUGACCUUCUAUGGAUUCCUUGUGGCUCUCUCGAAACACCAUGGCAUCAACCAAGCCCUAGGAGCUUUGCCUGACAAAGGGGACCUGAUGCAUGACCCAGCCAUGGAUGAGGAGCUGGAACGGUUGGUGACCCAGAGGCUGAGCCCUCCGCCCAGCAGGCGAGAGGGAGCGCGGGGCGGCGGAGUCCGACGACCGCAGCGCUCAGAGGAUCCAGACCGCGCAAAUUCGCUCGGGGUUGGAGAGCCCCAAGCGCGCGCUGGGAGGAGUGCGACCCCAGGGGACAGAGCUGCGCUCUGGGAAGCCAAGGGCCAAGCAGUUCUUUCUCCAGGACUUACUCUUCGUCCCCACCCCUUAUCGCUACCCCGCCACCCACCCACUCACCCCAUUCCCUGAGUGUAUGUGUGCGUGGACUUCUAAAUAACAAAAUUAUGUU